AUUUCCUCCCGAGUCCCGACAUCCUAAAACACACGCCGUGAAAAUUACGCUGGUUCAUUUGCACCGACCUUUUCUUGCCGUGUUGCCCUCCUAUAAAGUAUAAAUUUCCGUUAACCCUGGUAAAUUACUUGUCGUCCUUCCAAGAGCCGUAUGUUCCUCCUUGUUCUGGUUUCUUGCCUGUCACUUCUGCUGCGAGAUUUCUGAGUGUGGUAUCUACUGUGGUCUUUCAAGACUGUGUGCUUAAUCAAUUCUUCCAUAUGAGUGGCGUCUUCUAAGCCCUGUCAUGGAUAAUACCACUGACUCUGUCAAACCAGUGGCGGACAAGUACAAUGUUGAAGCCGCCGAAAUCUUGGCGAACGAGGCUCAGAAUUUACCAAUUGCAGAGGCGACACCUAUAUACGAACAACUUCUCACAUUGUUUCCGACAGCUGCCAAGUUUUGGAAGCAAUAUGUCGAGGCGUAUAUGGCUGUGAACAACGAUGAUGCAACCAAACAGAUUUUUAGUCGCUGCUUGUUAAUUUGUCUUCAGAUUCCUCUCUGGAGGUGCUACAUUCGUUUCAUUAGAAAGGUUAAUGAGAAGAAAGGGGUAGAGGGUCAAGAAGAGACAAGAAAAGCUUUUGAUUUUAUGCUCAACUAUGUUGGAGCAGACAUAGCAUCUGGCCCAGUAUGGAUGGAGUACAUAUCCUUUUUAAAGUCAUUGCGGGCUCUAAACUCUCAAGAAGAAUCGCACCGGAUGACUGCUGUGCGGAAAGCAUACCAAAAGGCCGUUGUUACUCCUACCCAUCACAUUGAACAGCUUUGGAAGGAAUAUGAAAAUUUUGAAAAUUCUGUUAGUCGUCAGUUGGCCAAAGGAUUGAUAUCUGAAUAUCAACCAAAAUAUACUAGUGCUAGGGCAGUCUACAGGGAGCGGAAGAAAUAUGUUGAUGAAAUUGAUUGGAAUAUGCUUGCUGUACCACCAACUGGAUCUGCCAAGGAAGAAGGGCAGUGGAUCGCAUGGAAGAGACUGUUGGCUUUUGAAAAAGGAAAUCCACAGAGAAUAGAUUCUGUUUCCUCAAACAAGCGAAUCAUAUUUACUUAUGAGCAGUGUCUGAUGUAUCUGUACCAUUAUCCUGAUAUAUGGUAUGAUUAUGCGACAUGGCAUGCAAAAGGUGGUUCAAUAGAUGCUGCACUCAAAGUGUUUCAGCGGUCGCUGAAGGCUCUCCCUGAUUCGGAAAUGCUACGUUAUGCUUAUGCAGAGCUGGAGGAAUCUCGUGGUGCAAUUCAGGCUGCAAAGAAAGUAUAUGAAAGCCUUUGGGUGUGAUGUGGUGUCAGCACAACUGCACUUGCGCAUAUUCAAUUCAUUCGCUUCCUAAGAAGAACAGAAGGUGUUGAAGCAGCUCGGAAGUACUUUCUGGAUGCUCGCAAAUCCCCAAAUUGCACUUAUCAUGUUUAUAUUGCUUAUGCUAUGAUGACCUUUUGUCUCGAUAAGGAUCCAAAGGUGCCACAAUUUUCUCCUUUCUUUAAGUGACAGUUACUUGAGGUGAAUUCUAUUUUAUUUUUUCACUGUAGAUAGUGGGAUUAUAUUAUCUACAGAAUCAUGUGCCUGGUGGUUAUUUUUAUUCAUUCUGCUGCUCUACAUUUGCAAACAA